GCACAGCAGACCCAAGAGGUCAGCAGCGGCCUCUGAAGCGACGCUGGCCGCUUCCAGCCACGACCUGCUUGCAGCUCUGCGGCGCCACAGCGGCUGCCUUGCAAGCGGAGGAGCAGCUGGCGGCCUCCCUCGCGAGGUGCAGUGGCCGCCUCUCGGCGCCGGGGGUCGGCUCUCUUCCUGAGGAGGUCGCUGCUUCUCAGGUGCUUCCUUGUCGACCUGCUUUCCCGUUCCCGCUGCUGCUGAUAAAAAAUGUGGCCGGUGGGAUGAGCCAGGAAGCCAAAACACUGGGAGGAAAGGAAGGCUUUUUCUGUGGCCCCUGCCGCUUCCCGGGCAGGCCAGGUGUGCGGGACCUUUGGCCCUCCAGGUGUCGCGGAACCACAACUCCCAUCAGGCCCAGCCAGCCGGCUCCCUGGCCGGGAUGGCAGGAGCUGAGCCGCCCCUGGCGGGCCAAAGGUCCCGCGCACCUGCGGGAGGAGCCGGAAGCGCAGCGAGGAGCGGGAUGGAUGCGGGACCCCGCGCGCGGCGCCUGGUGCGCAGCGGCAUCUCGCUGGUGGUGCUGGGCCACUUGAACCUGGUGCUGGGCGCCAUCGUGCACGGCUCCGUCCUGCGCCACGUGGCGCGCCCCGCGCGCACCAUCACCUCCGAGUACGCGGUGGCCAACGUGAUCGCGGUGGCCUCGGGGCUGCUGAGCAUCGCCGCCGGCGUCGUGGCCAUCCUGGUGUCGCGGAGCCGCUCCCCGCCUUGGCUGCGCUGGGUGCUGCUGGCCGCGGCGCUGCUCAACGCGCUGGUGUCGGGCGCCUGCUGCGCGGGGCUGCUGCUCGCCGUCUCGCUCACCGUGGCCAACGGAGGCCGCUUCCUGCUCGCCGGCUGCAACCGCUCGGCUCUGGCGACCGACGCCCGCACCGUGAGGACCGACGAGUGUCCCUUCGACACCACCCGCAUCUUUGACACGGCCCUGGCCCUCUGGCUCCCUUCCUUGGUGAUGGCAGCGGUGGAGGCUGGCUUGUCCGCCUGGUGCUGCGUGGCGUCUUUCUCUCUCUCGGGCCACGGCCCCUCCUCCUACAAAGUGGCACUGCUUCAGGAGGCUGCCCCAGCAAAGGAGGCGGCAGAGGAAAGCUCCGGAAGAGACCCUCAUCACCAGCUCCUGGUUGACAUGCAAGAAGAGGAGUGCAGCCUUUAGUGGGGAGAAAGAGCCUGCCCCACUUUUGCUGCAAGAGGCCCAUGAUAAUGGGCUGUGCUGGGAUGGCCAGACACAGAAUGAUAGAGUUGGAAGGGACCCCGAGGGUUGUCUAGUCCAACCCCCUACAAUGCAGGAAUCUCAGCUGAAGAAUUCCUGAUGGAUGGC